UUACGUAAAUAAGUUCCACGAUUAGUUAUCAAAUAAAGCAUCUACUUAUACUGCGAUACUGGUGCGAAACUGAAGUCAAUUGAGAAUUGUGUGACAUAUUUUUUAAAUAAAUCGUUGAUCCGUGUUGACCUUUGGUAAGAUAAAAGUGCCCCCUAGAAUCGGCAACGUUAUAAAACGCUAAUUUAUUCUGUAUACGUUUAUAAUCUCCUCGAAAGCGUAGCUUAGCCGAGCAUAAAAAUCGGUUUGUGAAGUGUAUUAAACAAAUUUUUCUUCUCCAAGCUGCUGGAAAUAGAGUAUUUGCUUUCAGAAAGUCUACCAGUGCCUUGUGAUUAAUAAGAAGUGUUUUUAAUUAAAUAGUGACUGAAUAUAGAGUAAUGCUGAAUAGCCCUAGAGAUUGCCUUGGUAUCCGGUGUCGUUUGAACAACCUGCAUCAAACUUGGAAGUGGCUGCACCAAACCAUUGCUCUUCACGACUACAUCGUAUCUCUUACUUCUUCAUAUACUAAACCUUAUUUUAAAUUAGAAAGGUAUUGAAUUGGUGUAAAGGAGGCACAACAGCUACAGGACUGUCUUAAAUUGUGUUGUAUAUAGUUGAUCCAAAAACUUGAGAACCAUAUACACAAGAAAAAUGGUUUUAGGACAGGGUAAAAUUUCUAGUUUUACGUUCGCUCUCUGCAAAGUGUCUUCUAAAUAUUACUCUACAACAAAGACUAUUCAAAAAUCAGUGUUUAUAUCGCAGUCGAAAGACGUCUUUGAAAAUUUAGCACUUGAAGAAUGGUUGUAUAGUAAUAUGAACUUUAAGAAUCAUCACGUGCUAAUGUUGUGGAGAAAUGACCCUUGUAUUAUAAUGGGUAGGCACGCAAACCCGUGGGUAGAUAUUGGUAACAAUCAAAAAAGCAAUAUGCAGAUAGCACGUAGACAGAGUGCUGGAAAGACAGUUUACCAAGAUAAUGGAAAUCUUAAUUUCACAUUUUUUGCGCCUUCUAAACAUCUUAUGCAAACACACAAUCUGGAAGUAAUCAAAAGAGCUAUAUUUAGAAAAUACAGUAUCCAUAUAGAUGUUGAAAACAAUAAAUUAUUCCUUAGGAACAUGAAACUAGGUGAAGCUGCCUUAAAAAUUGGCUACCCAAAUUCUUACCACCAUUGUAGUAUCAGAGUGGAAAAUAGUAAACAAGAGUUUGAAAAGAAAAUGUGGAAUUUGAAUUGUGAAAACCAUAAAGUCACUGUAAGUGGAAUGUUAAGUGCAGUGGGAUGGGAAUUUUUGAGGACAGAUAUGGUAACUCUAAUUGAUGGGGGACAAGAAGAAGCAAAUAAACAAAAAGGAUUUCAUAUGGUCAAUCCUAAAGAAGCAUGGUUUCCAGGAAUCAAUUCAAUCAAAGAAAAGCUGGAAUCGUGGGAGUGGUGCUAUGGAUAUCCUCAUGAUUUUACAGUAACUCGCUCUUUAAGAAUUCCUUUAGAAUUUUCAAAACCAGAUUUCGAUUCAAAGGAGAAUAUGAAGCUAAAAAUUGUUAUUAAAAAGGGUAUUGUUAGUGAUAUAUUUUUUUUUAUUCCGCCUGGUCUAACAAAUACCGGUUUUACUGGAGAAGCAAGUGUUAUUUCAAAUAUCAAAGGCCAAAAAUUUAACAAACAUAUUCUUCAAUAUUUAAUGGCAUCGUUAGGACAAAGUGAAGACAGUUCUGAUAAAGAGAAGGCCAUCAAUCAACAUAUGCAAAGGGUCGUGACAUCUCUUUAAUUAAUACAUAAUUUUAUCAUUGUUUAUUUUGAGUUAAUUUGUGUAACUGCUUUUCCAUUUAAUUAAAUUUCCUAAGGACAUGCAUUAAUUGCAUGCUUUUAUAUUUUAGUCGCUUUUAUCGCUAUUGUCGCAGUGUACAAAAUGUGCUUAUUUUACUUGCAAAAAUUAUUAAUGAAAUUUUACAUGUACUAAAACCAUUUUAUUCUUAUUGUGUCCUAGAAAAUAUUGCUUUGCUUUUACUUUAUAUAGGAAUUAUGCAAUUAUUUUAUCUUUUUUUAUAUCAAUUUUCUGUAGAUGUUGUGCCUUUACCACUGAUAUAAAAUUUGUAAUUUAUGAUAAGAGUAUCUAUAUUUAUAUUAAAAGUUAAUUUUGAAACAUGA